AGGUCACUGUAUCAUAAGGAUGUUAGCCAAUUAGCUUUAAUUUUAUGUACUACGGCUCUGACUACGGCUACCUGCCAUGGUAGAGCGGAUUUGUCAUUAGUCUGAAAAAUCAGGAAUUAGUCUAAAAUUAACAAAUUUAUAAUACUAUAGUUAUAAAUAAAAAAAUACAUUGAAAAUAUUUUUUCUGUGCUUCGUUCAUGUUUUCAACGACAUAAGUGGGUAUGUUGUAAUCGUAAUAAUUUAAUCAGUGAGGUACAGUACAAACAGACACUCCGGACUGCUAUACCUUCUCGUAUCUCUUUUAACCUUGUGGCUAACACAGGACAGGUAUGCCGUAUGGCAUGAGUUUUGUUAUAGAAAGAAAUAAAUAAUAUCGGUACCUAUUGGAAAAUAAUACAUGCGAUUUUAAAAGUAUAAUAUUUGAUAGAUAAAAUAAUAAACUUAACACCGGCUGGCCGCAAAAUUUUAUGAAGUAAGCGGAAAGUAUUAUUUCAAGAAAAUGACUACGGAAGAUGAAGACAAAGCGCUACGAUACAGAAGAGCCCAAAGUGUUACUCGGGCUGAAGAAAUAUCUGAACAAGAAAAAAAAGUACGAAGGUCACAGCUUGAUAAACCAAUUCACAAACCACGGGAUUCACUUUUCUCAUGGAGUUCAGAGUUUACAAACUUUACUGGUUUGGUUAAUUGGGGUUUCUUGAUGCUUACUAUUGGCGGUGUGAGGCUAGGACUUGAAAACUUUUUAAAAUACGGUUUUCGUGUGAAUCCCAUCGAGUGGAUCAUAGUUUUAACUGGAUACCAUGAAGGAGAUAAAUAUCAGUAUCCGUCGCUUGCGCUGAUAAUGUUUGCUGUUGUACCGCCAGUUAUAGCACUACUUAUAGAAAAAGCAAUUGCAGUGGAUUUGAUUCCACAGAAGAUUGGCAUGUCCAUACAAAUCGCGAACAUAUUGUUUGUUGUUUCCCUGCCUGCUAUUGUGCUUCAUUUUAAAGGAGACGAUUUUAGUUUUGUCGGUAUAACUACAGUAUGUAUGUUAUAUUUAGUAAUUUUCCUCAAAUUAUGGAGUUACACGCAAACCAACUAUUGGUGCAGAUGUGGUACGAAGCGCAAGUUGUCUAAGAACACAUUGAGGAGACAAAGCCUGUCAGCACCUACAUGGAAAAGUUUUGAAGACGAGAAGAAUGAAGCAGCUGUCGCGGUUGGACUUGUCAAAUAUCCAGAUAACUUGAAUUUGAAGGAUCUGUUCUAUUUCUUGUUGGCCCCUACUCUAUGUUACGAAUUGAACUUCCCACGCACGGCACGUAUUAGGAAGAGGUUCCUCGUCAAAAGAUUACUUGAAGUGGUGUUUGGAUUAAACCUGGUCUUAGCAUUGUUCCAGCAAUGGAUGAUACCCUCAGUGACCAAUUCGAUCGACACGUUCUCUACAAUGGAUCCUAUCAGAAUAACGGAGCGACUUUUGAAAUUGGCCGUACCGAACCAUCUUAUAUGGCUAUGCUUCUUCUACCUAAGCUUCCACUCGUUUUUAAACCUCAUGGGUGAGUUGCUCCAAUUUGCCGAUCGUAAUUUCUAUAACGAUUGGUGGAACGCGAACAAUAUAUCAGUGUUUUGGAGUACUUGGAACAUGCCCGUGCACAUGUGGGCGGUGAGACACGUCUACAUACCGAUCACUAAGCGAGGUCACAGCAAAGUGGUUGCUAGUAUUGUCGUUUUCUUCAUAUCGGCGUUCUUCCACGAGUAUUUGGUGAGCGUACCAUUGCAGAUGUUUAGGAUCUGGGCAUUCUUGGGCAUGAUGGCCCAGCCUCCCCUAUCGGUUAUUUCUCGCAUGGCCGAGAUAAAGCUGGGCCCACGUUGGGGCAACCUGAUAGUGUGGAGUUCACUGAUCUUGGGCCAGCCUCUCGCUAUCAUGAUGUACUAUCACGACUACGCUCUCUUGCACUUCACUCCUGCAAAGUUAUAAUAUUUAUAUAUUAACUGUUGAUAUUUUUAUAUUCAAUAAUGGUGUUUUUCUUUCCUCUCAUUAUUCAACGAUU